UCUGGUCACUAUGAAGAGCCACUCAGUGGAGAACCUGUACUUGUCACUGCUUCAGUGUUCAAGGAAUUCUUACGCAAUAUACCGGGCAGCCUAUUGUGUGAGGAGCUCUAUGAGCAAUGGCUCCAAGCAGUGGAGCAGGAUGGUGAAAGAAAUGGACAAAUGACAGAGAGAAACCUGCUACAAGAAGUUCAGAGGCUUGUUCAGCUUUUACCUAAAGAAAAUCUCCUGCUGCUGAGACACAUGAUAGCAAUGCUGCAUCACAUUCAGCUCAAUGCUGAGCACAACCAGAUGACCUCUUUUAACCUGGCUGUGUGUAUAGCACCUAGCUGUCUGUGGAAUCGCAAACUACAAUCUCAUGAGAAAGAUGCCAAAAAGGUGUGUGACCUUGUGCAUGUCUUGAUUGACAACUGCUGUGCGUUGUUUGGGGAUGAAAUAAUAACCCUCUUAAAGGAUUUGACUGAAGACAAUAGAAGCAAACGCGGAUCAG